AUGGCUGGUCCCGGCGGUGGUCCCCCUCGUCGCAGCCACACCAAGUCGCGGAAGGGCUGUGAUACUUGCAAGCGUCGCCACAUCCGAUGUGACGAGAGCUUCCCCCAGUGCCGCAAUUGCACUAAGCACAAGAUCCGAUGCCCUUACAAUGACAUGCCCGUUCCCGAGAACCGUGCUGGCAGCCCCGACAAGCCUGAUCUCAUGUGGACACCCCAGAUCGAGGCCGACAUUGAGCAGUGGCAACGCACCGGCAUCUUCCCAUUCACCAAUCUCAACAUCUACCCUGCUCCCUCUCCUCAGACUUACACCGUCGAGGAGUUGAGGUUGAUCCACCACGUUGCCUCGAUCUGCAGUGAGCUCGAUGCCAUUGAUGCCAACAACUUUACUAUUUGGACCCGUCAGAUGCCAAUCAUCCUCCAAAUCGGUGCCACCAAUCGAUAUGUCAUGCACUCCCUGUUGGCAUUCUCCGCCAUGCACAUUGCCUUCCUCACCGAUUGCCCUCUCGUCGGCAACAUGGCUUACGAGCACCGCGGUGUCGCUCUCAAGGGUCUGCAGGAGGCCAUCGGCUCGUUCUCUCGUGAGACGUCGGAUGCCGUUCUCGCAGCUUCUCUUGUCCUCUCGUGGCAGGCCACAGAUUGGCGUAGCUGGACCCAGCUCAUGCAAGGAACCUCUUCGGUCAUUGAUGCCAUGGAGCCGUGGAAGCACGAGUCUCAGUUUGGCGAAUUCAUCGCCGAGAGCAGCACUUUCCCCACGGCACCUCCCUCGCCCACUCCUGACCACAAGCCCAACCAACCCAGCAAGGAGGACAUCGAUGCAUACCAGCGAACGCUUCAGCAGCUUCAAAAGGUCGAGGCUUACCUUAAGCAGGGAAAGCACGAUUUCAAGUCCAUUCAGCAGCUCAUCACCUUCCUCAAGGGAUCCCGCAAGGUCAGCCCUACUCUCUCUGUCGCCCAGCAGUUUGAGCGGCUGCGACCUCUGAGGACGUGGCUCUUCUGGCUUCCCGUCAAGUACCUGAAGGACUCUCGCGGAUCGGCCAACUCGCUCGUGACCAUUGCCCACUACUACACGGUGGCUCUGCUCAUGGAGAGGCUCUUCCCGGAAAUCGGCGCUGCGUAUUUCGGUAGUCUCACUCUCGGGCCGGUCGAGGACAUUGCACGCAGGCUCCUCGCCAUCAACAACCGCGGAGCCAAGGAGGCCCAGACCCCACUUACGCUCAUGGAGUUCCCCAUCGAGACCGUCAACGAGUUCCGGUCUAGGAUGGGAUGGAUGCACCCGGCUCGCACGCCCUCGUUCCCGCAGUUCAACCCUCCCAACUUCUACGUCGGCGAUGCCCCUGUUCCCAUUCCUCCCGUGUCUGGACCCUACUUGGCCUACGGAAGCCCUGCUUUCAGCUACAGCACCGAGUCACUGCCCAUGCUCACGACCGAGGCUGCGGGUGCCACGGCGACUAGCAGCGCGGCGGUAAGUCCGCUGAUGCUGUCGUCAUCCACGUUCAACAACCCGCAGUACCUGAAUAUCCCGUCUCCAUCAUACGCUACCGGUGGGCUCAGUCCGGCUUCUUCGACCUUCGAGGGAUCGUUCACGUACAGCGACACGGAGGAUUAUGGCAGCACCUUUGACUUUGGCGGAAUGCCUCCCGUCUAUGGUGGUCCCAGCAACAGCAAUCUUGGCGUCGGGUUUGUCACUCCCAUCCAUCAAGCCGUGUGGAUCUAA